GGCUGUCUGUCUGACUGUUGUUUUGUGUGCGUGUGGAGAGUGAGUGCAACGUGUGCUCAGGUCCUUUUUAACAAAGAUCCUGGACACCGUGUGUGUGAGAGUGCAUGUUGUGAUGUGACGCGUUUAGACAUACUACCUACCAUCAUUUGCACUUAUGACAUAGAGGUAUUUAUUUUUAUUUAUCACAAAGGAGCCAUUCCGUUGAGCCAAAGCAAUACCUGAGCUGGCACGGCGUGGCUUUGUUGUUUCGUGCAGACUUAGUUUUGUGUCCCAUGUUCUUUAGUUAGCUAGUUUUAGUUCAUUCCAGCUUAGAGAAGAUGUCCACUGACUGCCAGAAGACCACUGCCAAGGCGAUCCCGUCGAGCAGGAGAGUGACCAUCAGCGACGCGGAGCACAUGCCCCACGACUACUCCACGACUCCCGGAGGGACCCUGUUCAGCACCACUCCGGGCGGCACCAGGAUCAUCUACGACCGGAAGUUCCUGCUGGAGUGUCGCAGUUCUCCGGUGGCCAAGACUCCUCCGCAAGGUCUGCCCAACAUUCCAGGGGUGACCAGUCCUCCCUCCAAAGACACCAAUGUGAAGACCCAUAAUGGAGAACUACUGAACAACAACAACAAAAUCAUUGCACCCGACUGUAGCAACGCCGGUGAAGAUGCACAGUUCGAAAUGGACAUCUAAGUGGGGCUGAACAAGUAUGAAGAUGAUGUGAAGAGAGGCUCAGGAGCACCUUCUGUUUCCCCAUCAUCCAAUCAGAGGUUCUUCUUUAGUGUCUCGUCGUUUUAACGUCCGUCUUUGUCAUUCUCAUUUGGUUGUUUUGUCCAGAACAAACAUGUAAGGAAGUUUUUUUUUCUGUCUGCCUCAAGGCUUAAAUUUGAUUUUUGUGUGACAAAGUGUGCCUUCCUGUAGUGGCUAAAAUCAACACUGAGAAGUACUUAACACCAACAAUGCCUCGUCGCUCAGUAAAGAGAGAAAUGAAUGAAAAUGAAGAUCUAAUUCUCACAAUUUACUACCAUUCCAGAAGGGUUUGUCACUUGAUGUGCUUUUAUUUCCACACAUUUCCUGACACCUCUUUUCAGAUGUUGCCUUGAAAUGUUUAAGAAACUGUAUCAUUUGUCGGUCAUGCUCUUGAAAAGGAGUUCAUCUCCUGAAGUGUUGUUCAAGGAAUGUAAAACAAAAUUUUUUGAAGACAUUUUGAAACAGAUUUUCUCACGGUUUGUAGGGUGACAUAAAGUAUUAAAGCAAACACAAAUGAAACUAAA